AGUUAAAGAGGUGGUCAGAGUCAGAACUCUUCCUUAAGCAACCUUCCAAAUUUAUUGAUACAUUUCUGUUUCCCAAGAUCCACCCACCACUCUCCUCCUUCUCUCUUCAUCUUCGCAAGAUUCUAAACCACAUCUCAUCCUCUCAUGUCCGAAAACAGCAAGAUUCUUGCAAUGUGUUGUUGACUUUGAUCUCCAAUCUUCAUGGGGAAGAAGAGCGGCUCUUCGUCUUCUUCCUGGCUCACCGCUGUUAAACGAGCUUUCCGAUCUCCGACCAAGAAAGAACACAACAACAACAACAACAUCAAUGCUCACGGUAAUGAAGCUGAGGAAGACGAUGACAAGAAGAGAGAGAAGCGACGGUGGUUAUUCAGAAAAACAACGAAUCACGACUCUCCGGCAAAGACCACCGGCGCUGUAAAAGACGGGUCUGCUCCGAAACCUGUUGAAACGGCGGCGAUCAACACAAAUGCUUCAUCCUCUGUUUCAGAACAGAGAAACGCCGCACCCCCACCGCCCACCACCGUCUCCGUCGUAUCGGAACUUCCUCAGGCGACGGCGGAGCUACCAAAUAUACCAAGCCGGAGUUACUCUGCGAGAGAAAUCCAUGCAGCUAUUAUCAUCCAAACUUGUUUCAGAGGUUAUCUGGCACGAAGAGCGUUAAGAGCGUUGAAAGGAUUAGUGAAGCUACAAGCACUAGUGAGAGGUCACAACGUUAGGAAACAAGCUAAGAUGACAUUACGAUGUAUGCAAGCUCUGGUCCGAGUCCAGUCUCGUGUCCUUGACCAACGGAAACGCUUGUCUCACGACGGUACUCGCAAGUCUGCCUUCAGUGACACUCACAGUGUUCUUGAAUCUCGUUAUCUUCAAGACAUUUCAGACAGAAGAUCUAUGCCAAGAGAAGGAAGUAGCAUUGCUGAAGAUUGGGAGGACCGACCACAAACGAUUCAAGAAGUAAAAGCAAUGUUGCAAGAAAGACGAGACAAUAGUUUAUCAAAAGCUUUCUCUCAACAGAUUAGGAGAACGAGAGGUAGUCAAUCUAUAGGAGAAGAGGAAGAAGAGAGACCAAAAUGGUUAGACCGGUGGAUGUCAUCUAAACCGUGGGAUAAACGAGCUUCAACGGACCAAAGACCACCGGUUUACAAAACAGUUGAAAUCGAUACUUCUCAACCGUACUUAACCCGUGCUCAUUCAAGAACCGGUGCUAGUCCUAGCCGUAGCCAACGUCCUGACACACCAUCAAGAACCAGCCACCAUUACAACCAUCAACAUAGUUUCUCAUCAGCUACACCGUCUCCGGCUAAAUCAAGACCGAUACAAAUCCGGUCCGCGAGUCCACGCAUUCAAAGAGAUGACCGGUCUGCUUACAGCUACACAUCAAACACACCUAGCUUGAGGUCUAACUAUAGCUUUACCGCAAGAAGUGGCUAUAGCGUUUGCACCACCACUACAUUGCCGAACUACAUGGCCAUCACUGAAUCAGCAAAGGCUAGAAUAAGGUCUCAGAGCGCGCCGAGGCAAAGACCUUUGACACCUGAGAAAGACCGUGGCGGAUCAGCUAGGAAACGGCUUUCAUAUCCGGUUCCACCGCAGCCACCAAUGGAGGUUGGAGGAGGGUAUUGUGGUGAUAGCAACAGUCAGAGUUUGAGGAGUCCAAGUCUGAAGAGUAUCGGUGGUUCACAGUUGGGUGCAUUGGAGCAACAGUCAAACUACUCUUCUUGCUAUACCGAGUCUGUUGGUGGUGGUGGAGAGAUCUCACCUGCUUCUACUAGUGAUAGAAGAUGGUUAAGGUUUUAAGGAAAAUCUAACGGUCAUAGUUUUUUCUUAAAUAGUUUUUUUCGGAUAUAUAUAAAUAAUAUUUCAUUUUGACUAAGAUAAGAACGAUGACUUUUUUAGUGUGUGUUGAUGACCUCUGAUAUUGGUGUGUACUUGUGUGAUUUUGUGUGUGUUUUUAAUGGAAGAUUGGAAAUGUAAUCACCUUUUUUUUGUCGGCCUGGCAAAUGUAAUCUUGUUACUAA